AUGGCCGAUUCUCUGACCGAAGAGCAAGUCUCUGAGUACAAGGAGGCGUUCUCCCUGUUUGACAAGGAUGGCGAUGGACAAAUUACCACCAAGGAGCUUGGCACCGUCAUGCGCUCUCUGGGCCAGAACCCCUCCGAGUCCGAGCUGCAGGACAUGAUCAAUGAGGUUGACGCCGACAACAACGGCACCAUUGACUUCCCCGAGUUCUUGACCAUGAUGGCCCGCAAGAUGAAAGACACAGAUUCCGAGGAGGAGAUUCGCGAAGCAUUCAAGGUGUUCGACCGCGACAACAACGGUUUCAUCUCCGCCGCUGAGCUGCGUCACGUCAUGACCUCCAUUGGUGAGAAGCUUACCGACGACGAGGUGGACGAGAUGAUCCGCGAAGCGGACCAGGAUGGCGAUGGCCGGAUCGAUUACAACGAGUUCGUCCAGCUCAUGAUGCAAAAAUAA